UCAUCGAAUUAAAUCGCAAUAUUUUUUGGAUAGGAACAGAAUAAAAUAAAUGAGUCAGUAAUAAAUGCAUUAUUGUAAUUAUAUGACAUAUCACCUUCGAAUUUGUUUUUGCGUUACAUAUAUAAGUAAAACAUUCUAGACACGCAGCUAGUCACUGGUCAGGUUGGGAGCACUUAACACUAAUUUCGCUGGUUCAGUGACGUAAAUAUUAGUAAUACUGUGUUAUUGUGACAAAAAAAAAAGAAAUGGAAGAAUACGUAAUCGUAAAUUAUGUAAAGCUGUCGAGUAAAAUUUUGGUGCCCGAAGAGUGGCCGAUUCGCGGAUUCAAGAAACUGCUAAUGUCAUUAGCUGAGAAAAUGAUUAAUAAUGAUGAUCACCAUCAGAUAGCUGUUCUACGGGUAAACAACUUAGCUACAAUGGUGGUCCAAUACCAAGAUGCAAAUGAAACUUACUACCUUUUCGAAAAAAUCUCCGAUCACGAACUAAUAAGGAACGCACACAUCAUUGAUGUUAUCUUUACUGAUAUCACGAUGAUAAAUAAUCCCAUGGAGGCUGAUGGUUCAACUUCUGGAAAUUCUUCAGCGGGAACAAUUAACAGAAACUCCAUUAAUGAGAUACCGGUUAAUAACUACGUUAUUUGUACGGAACAAAACGAUCAUAGAACAACGCAUUACAUAAUGCCAGCCAGACAAUUUAGACGGAUGAUGCGACUUGUGUCAAAUACCUCACAUGCAGUAGAUCAUCAACCGUCAGAAAGUGUUCCAUGGGAGGCCCUGCGCUACGAAGCUCUGCAUUCACUUGCAAGAAUUGGGAUGUUUUUUAUAGUGGUCAUAAUAGUGGUUAGUAAGAUCAACUAUAGGUUUUGAAAAAUGAACCAUCUGAUGAUUUGCUUAAGUAACGCUGUUUAUUCAGAUUUAUAUAAAAAGAUAAUUGGGGUGUUGGUGUGAGAAUUUGGGAAAUAAAAGAACAUUUUAAGUAUAACUGAAGUUUCAACAUUAUUUCCUUAACUUUAGUAAUUAUAUGAUUGUAAUUAUAGUCUUUAUAAACUAAAAUGCAUGGUUUUUAUUAUGUAACAUACCAUAGUACGAAAAAUAUGUAUUGUACCAUAUAUUUUGCAAUAUACUGGAAAACUCAUAUAAGAAAUAUACAUCAUAUUGUAUAUUAAUAAUUAUACUACUAUCAAUAUACUAUUUCAAUAUAUAAUGAAAUAUACCAAGAUAUAUAUGCUAAAAAUACAUAAAAAAAGUUAUAUUGAUAAAUAUAU